AUGAAGUACUUAUUGCGUCGCGUCCUAGAUAAUGCUAAUUUUACCUAUGAGGAGUUAUUAACUAUACUUACACAUGCCGCGUUUUAUUUAAAUAGCCGUCCUUUGCCUCCAAACGACCUAAUCCCUAGUCACUUCCUUAUAGGAGACUCUCUGACAGCCAUACCCGAAACCCACAAGACAUCUUUGCCAAUCAACCGUCUGAACAGAUGGUGCUGGGUAUCUCAAUACUCUCAAAACAUGUGGAAACGAUGGGGUAGAGAAUACUUAUCACAACUACAAGAAAGAGCCAAUUGGGAGAGUGAAACGAGUCAGCGAGUGAAGGUUGGUUUUGUAGUUUUACUAAAAGACGACCAUCUCCCGUCUUUACGAUCGCGCAUGGGACGCGUGGGAAGGAUGGUGUGA